CUCCUUACUAUUUAUAGUAUAUUUUGUACUCUUUCUAUCAGCUUGUUUAUUUUUAUUAGUGGUUAACAUAUUGAGUCGAUGGUCUUUGGCGCGCGUAUGUUCUGAUGCUAAAAGUCUACCUUGAGGCCUUUUUGUCUGCGACUCUCAUCUGCUGUCUCUCACAAAUCUUCCUCGGUCUUCUCCCCGCAACUAGAAAAUUCUUCAAGCCAAGAACCAUGUUGAGCGACAGUCAGUCACACUUUGAAGAGGACAGAUUUCUUGACCACGCGCCUCCCACUCUUUACGGCACCUAUCUGGAAGGGGUAGAUGAAGACCUCGAACCCUUGGAGGACUAUCAACCUGGUGGUUUCCACCCUAUCCAUCUAGGUGAUACCCUUGGCCCAUCUGAACGAUAUCAUGUCAUUCAAAAACUAGGUCAUGGUGGCCUCGGCACUGUCUGGCUCUGUCGAGAUAUGUCGUUGUCAAGUCCAUGGCUGGGGACGUGAACCAAGGGGCUGUUCCUGAUUUGAUCUUGACGCGCUUUGAUAAAUCAGUUCCAGGCGCCGAACAAAUUGCAACCCCCCUAGAUUCAUUCUCUAUUGAUGGCCCAAAUGGGUCGCACCAAUGUAUCGUGCUCCCAAUUCUUGGUCCCUGUGUCUCGCCGGGUCUAUGGAUAGAGCUCGGCAUGGAUCCCGGGCGUAUAUUGCGGAAAGGGGCCUACCAGGCUGCACUCGCCAUGCAAUUCCUGCAUAUGCACUGCCUCUGUCACGGAGACUUUCGGCCUUCCAAUAUCCUCGUCAAGCUAAAUCAUAACCUCAACCAAUUACCCGAAGACGAGUUGCUCGCACUCUUAGGCCAUUCUGAGCGGGCCUAUGUGCGUACUGGGUUAGGUAAAGACCUUCCGGCAUCUUCGCCGCAAUAUCUAACCAUUCCAUCCGAUAUCUCCCGGCUGGCCGACAAAUAUCUCACUGACACAAUGUGUGUGAUUGACUUUAGCGAGGCAUACUCGAUCUCAGCGCCGCCGGAGGCGUUGGGAAUGCCGGAGAACUAUCUACCGCCUGAGGCUUUACAAGAGGAGGAGAACUCCGUCGGCCUGUCCUGUGACAUCUGGGCGCUGGCCUGUACACUCUUCGGAAUUCACGAGCAAAUACCGCUCUUCUACAUGAUUUAUGACCGAGUUGAACUUCUAGCAGAGAUGGUCCGUUUAUUCGGCCAGCCACCGCGAGCGUGGUGGGUUGAAUGGGAGGUGCGGAGGGACUUUUUUGACGACCAGGGAAAAUGGCUUCGAGGGGGGGGGGGAGAUGCCGCGAAAGAAUGGUCUCUCGAGGUGGCGCUGGAUACGCCUGUGGAAGUUGUUCAAUCAGAGCCACGAAGGUCGGUGACACCUAAAGAAGAGCAGAGGCUAAUGGCGGAGCUUUUAUAUAAGAUAUUUCGCUAUGAUCCGGAGCAGCGCCUGAGCGUGGAUGACUUUCUGGCUCACGAGUGGUUUAAG